UUUGAUUAAUUUGAUUAUUGCGACGAAUCAAAAGUUUGAAAGAAUAUGACAGAAAAUGAUCAAUGAAAUCACAAAAAUGAAAAAUCAGUUAUAAAAAUAUUAAAUAGCAUAGGUAGUUCUAUUAUCGAGCGACCUGGUGACCUCUUGUCGAGAAAUUGAUUAUUUCAGGUAGCACGAAUAAGUGGUAGUUAAGAAGACGUAGUCCACGAUGGAGAGUCGUUCGGAUAGUAUAAAGGAUCCAAUUUAUUAUCCUUCGAUGCAAGAAAACGGGGGAAAAAAUGAAACGACGACGGAAGCUGAAACGAUUGACAAACGAAGCAGAAGUUCUGCUGGUAGCCAAGAAUUUGAUCUGGAAGAGAGUCACACGUUGAAAGUACCGCGCAAAUUUAUCACUAACUGGCGACAAGCUUGUGAUCGUACACGAGACAGAACUAAGGAUUUUUUGAAGAAAUGGCGGACUGUUUCGACUAAUGUUGAUGAAAUCGUUGGUGUUCCAGUUUCCAACAAACAAUUGGAACAUCCUAGUUGGAGUGUACAUGUUUGGACGACUUGGGUGAGUCGAUAUGCCAGCGAUGAAAAUUUAAUCGCUGUAGAAGAAAUUGACAAGGGAGGAAAAUUAAAGGAUCUGGCGCCCAUUCAACGCGAUAAGUUUUCACAUUUUUUCACUUAUCUUUUGGAUCAUGACAGAGAUGGUUUUAUUAAUCGAAAAGAUUUUCGAAUGCUUUCAGAGCGAUUAAGAAGAUUUGCGGAUUGGUCGUGGAACGGACCCGAAUAUUUGAGAUUAUUGGAGAUUGAACAGGGAUUAGCGGAUUUAAUUUUUCAAGAGAAGAAACAGAUCAGCUUGGAAGAAUGGUUGUGCUGGUGGGCGCGUGUCGUCGCGCCAAUCGGAGGAGCAACUUACAACGAGAUUCCAUUUUGGUUAAAAAUUUUACCACGAAUAUUUUUUCUCGCCAUUAAUAAUUCCAUAAGCGGAAUAAUAUCGAAAAAAGAGCUCGAAUCGUUUUAUGGAUCUGUCGUUGGCCUAGACUCUGACAAAAUCUCCAAAUAUCUGGAUAUGGCGUAUAAUUCUCUAACAUCGAAUGGAGACCAUCUUCUCGGUUGGCCGCAGUAUCAACUCGCAUACGCCAACUUUUUGUUCGGUCGCGGACCAUUCGGGCCAGGAGAACAUUUUUUCGGUAUAACAGAUUCCUGCAUAAUUCGAGGCAAUAACGUACCAUUUCCGAUCGAUUAUUCCGCGAUGAACACACCAAAAGAUAAAUUGGAAAUAUACAGGCCGCAUUGUAGAAGUAGUCGACGUAGCGUAGUAGUUUGAAAAGUAAUCACAACAAUAGGAGUAACAGGUGGUAA